CUCUCUCUCUCUCUCUCUCUCUCUCUCUCUCUCUCUCUCUCUCUCUCUCUCUCAGACUUUGCGGCAGCAUGCUUCCACCCUGAGUCCUUUCUGCUCCUGUGUUCAAAUCCAGCGCAGGCGGUUUUGAACUUUUUGGGUUCUUUUCGUUCCUCCGAUCUGUUCCUCUUGCCGUGGAUAAGUGCACGGAGCGUGGAUGGUUAUGUUUGAAAAGGAAUUGGAACAAACACUGGACGAGUUGACUGCAACGGCGAUUCCUUCCAGCCAGUAUUCCGCUGCUGUCAUGGAGGAGAGCAACAACGUGGCCGCCAUCGCCGCAGUGAAUGUAGAUACGCCUCCGGCUAAGGACCUGUCAGAGACUGACAGCGGUGUGGAGCUGACCAAUGAGAACAGCCCCCUGACUGCGGCUGAACCUCCCUCCCCUUUCAGUCUGAAACAAAAUGGAGACGCCGCUGCUUCACCUGAAGAUGGAAAGGAGUGUUCAAGGAGGAGCAGAAAGAGGAGCAGGAAGAUGCUAGAGGAGGAGGAAGAGGAGGAAAUGACCUGGGAGUCCUACGGCCAGAACAAGACCUCAGGAGUGUCUCAGCUGGUUUUGAGAGAACGACCUCGGCCCAGAACCAUCUUCCAGGCCGGAUUAAUGCCACACGGACAUCCCAAACCCCGCAGGCAGAACCGCAGACACGAGCAAAGCAUGUUUCUGUAUGGUGGACCUCGAGUGUCCAUGGUUGUGCCCAGUCGGGUUCCUGAGUCUCCCUGUCUUGACCUGAUGGAACAGGACUCCAAAGACUCGGCUCAGAGCAGCAGCACCUCGUCCAGCUCCGAAACACAACCUGAGUACAAUGACAACAAGGGUUUUGGCAUCGGAGAGCUGGUCUGGGAGAUCAAAGGCUUUUGUUGGUGGCCCGGCAUUGUGGUGACAUGGCGCGCUACAGGCAAACGUCAGGCUAGUCCGGGCAUGAGGUGGCUCCAAUGGUUUGGAGAUGGCAAAUUCUCAGAGGUUUCUGCAGACAAGCUGGACUCCAUCACAGCCUUUCCAAAGUUCUUCAGCCAGGCUUCGUACACCAAACUGGCCUCGUACCGCAUGGCCAUCUUCCAGGCACUCGAGAUGGCCAGUAUCCGGGCAGAGAAGAUGUUUCCUCCCUGUGAGUCGGACAGUCCAGAGGACCAGGUCAAACCCAUGCUGGACUGGGCCAGUGGGGGCUUCCUGCCAAAGGGCGAAGAGGGACUCAAACCUACGCACAACACCAUGAGUAACCCGUUGCACCACCACGUACUCGACAUCUCCCCGCCGGAGUAUUUUCCCAGCGCCAAGCGGCCCAAAGCCGGUGUUUGUAAAAGCAAAGCCGCACCAGAGGAGUCCUACAGCAGAGAACAAAUGGUGAAUGAAGUUCUGAGGAAUAAAAGAAGUAUAGAAGAGUUCUGUCUCUCGUGUGGAAAGACGAGAGCAGCAACCUUCCACCCGCUCUUUGAAGGAGGCCUGUGCCAAACAUGCAAGGAUGUGUACCUGGAAAUGUCCUACAUGUACGAUGAUGACGGUUAUCAGUCGUAUUGCACCGUUUGCUGCGGUGGCCGGGAGGUUCUGCUCUGUGGAAAUGCCAACUGCUGCAGGUGUUUCUGCGUAGACUGUCUGGACAUUCUGGUCGACCCUGGCGCAUCGAACUGUGCUCGUCAUCUGGAUCCGUGGCGCUGCUACAUGUGCCAGCCGCUGAUGCAGUACGGCAUCCUGAAACGGCGGCACGACUGGAGCCUGAAACUGCAGGAGUUCUUUGCCAACGACAACGGACAGGAGUUUGAAAAACCCCAGAUUUACCCAGCAGUCCCUGCAGAACAGAGACGACCAAUCAGAGUCCUCUCCCUGUUUGACGGCAUCGCCACGGGAUACCUGGUUCUGAGGGAUCUGGGUUUUAAGGUGGACCAGUAUGUGGCGUCCGAGGUGUGUGAGGACUCCAUUUCAGUGGGCGUGGUCAGACAUGAAGGAAAGAUCCAGUACGUGCACGAUGUCAGGAACAUCACCAAGAAGAACAUUCUAGAAUGGGGUCCGUUUGACCUGGUAAUAGGAGGAAGUCCCUGUAAUGACCUGUCAAUCGUCAACCCUGCAAGAAAGGGACUGUAUGAAGGCACAGGGAGGCUGUUCUUUGAGUUUUACCGUCUGCUGAGUGAGGCGAAGCCCAAAGAAGGAGAAGACCGGCCAUUCUUCUGGAUGUUUGAGAACGUGGUCGCCAUGGGCGUCAACGACAAGAGGGACAUCUCACGGUUCCUGGAGUGUAACCCUGUGAUGAUCGAUGCCAUUGAGGUGUCUGCGGCUCAUCGUGCACGGUACUUUUGGGGGAACCUGCCAGGAAUGAACAGGCCUCUAUGUGCUUCUGGCAUGGACAAACUGGAGCUGCAGGACUGUCUGGAACAUGGCAGAGUGGCAAAGUUUGGGAAGGUGCGUACCAUCACAACCGCUCCAACUCCAUCAAACAAGGGAAGGACCAGCAUUUUUCCUGUCCUGAUGAAUGGGAAGGAGGACAUACUGUGGUGCACAGAGCUGGAGCGGUGA